AUGUCAGCAGAUCUGAACUGUGACUUCCAAUUGGCAUGUCAAUGGCGUAAUUACACUGCUGGAGAAGAUAAUGGUGAUUUUCUGAUAGCAAGCAAUGUCCGGCUGGGAAACCGUUUCAAUAUUAUUUCUUCGAAAAAUAAUUCAAAUGAGCUAUUUGCAUACACACAUGGACCUUUCGAUGGAAUACAAAAAGCCACUUUAAUAAGCAACAUUAUAAGUUGUCAGCUAGGCGGUGGCACCUUAACUUUUUGGUAUUAUCGCACAGGUGACUCAGCAACGCUAGAAGUGUGUGUACGUCAACCGCCAGGAAGCUUGAACGUUGCGGAUCUACGAUGUUUUCCUGUUUUCCCCAAAAAUCGUGCUCAUCAAUGGUUAUUCAAUGCCGUUGAAUUCCCGCCGCUUACGCAACCAUUUGAACUUUUGAUACGCUCAAAUUAUAUUCAGCCGUUCGACGUCAUUGCAAUCGACGAUAUCUUCUACGAUGCGGCACUUUGUGAGCGUGGAGUAAAUAAAAGCAUAAAAAAUGGACAUCGUAGACAGAAAAAUCCCGUAAUCGCUGCGUGGCUUGAAGGAGCUCAAUGUUUUCACUAUACAUCACAUUCAGCGAUGCUUACGGAACAAGCUAACUUGUCAUCAUAUGAUACUCGCAGGACACAGCGAAAGUGUAGGGAUGCCACCGAUAAUGGUAGUCUACUUAACAAAUUAAAUCUAGAUGAAAAUCGAAUUAUUGAUUUUCUCAAUACUGGUGGAUAUUUAAAAAUUCUGGGACUCGCAAUAGUCAAACAUCAAUGA